AUGAGUUUUCCGCCACCUAACUCGGGACAGUAUCCGCCGUAUAUCCCUCCCCAGUACCAGCCCAGCAACGUGCCUGCGCAGUUGCUGUACAAUAAUGGCCCUCCUCAGGCGCCGGUACAGUCGCCGUAUAAUGGCUACGCCAAACCGCCAGGCUAUCCCCAAGGGAUGAUGCCAUACCCAUAUCCUCAAUAUCAGCAGCAGCAGCCGCCUCAGAUGUCUCGGCAAAUAAAUCCGCAGCAAGCGCUCAUGCAUUCACACCAGCAGUUGGUUCAACAACAGCCUCCGAUUCAACAGCAACAUCCUCAAUUUCAAACGCAACAAUCUCCUCGUCAACAGUACCAACAAUCCCCCCACCAGCAAGUGCAGCAGUCUCCGCGUCCGCAAUUCCACCAGCAAUCCCCCCGAACUCAGCUGCAACAGCAAUCUCCGCGUGCCCAAUUCCAACAACCCGCUCUACCUCAGCUGCAACAAUCACCUCGUCCUAAUGUACAACCGUCUCCUCGACCUCAGUUUCAACAACACUCUCCCCUUUCCUCAACAAGCGCCCCUUCCCCAAUCGCAGCCACCUCCGAAACAGCAAGUGCAACCGCCGCCGCCGCCGCCGCGAGCACCCAAGCAGAUUCAGCCCCAGCCGGCACCGGCUCCAACACUUCCCCUGUGCAGCCCCAACAUCAGUUCAUUAACCCGGCGGAGUUAUUUGUUCAACAACCUCUCCCCGAAGCUCCGCGAUCUCGAUACAUCCCGCCUCCAGACUUUGUCGAACUAAGUGCGCUGUCGACUACGAUGACUGAUGACUUACCUCCGCUCCCUGCAAACAUCUCUGCUGUUCCGUCAGAAGUACCGCUUGCGCCUCCAGCCCAAAGUGUCCCACCUGCUACUCCUCAAAACCACAUUGGAGUCCCGCAAAGACACACGGACUUCCAAGCCCAGCCGACUCGACCGGUCUUCAAAUCAGACUCCACGCCGAUUGCAAAAGCCCCGAACGUUGAGAUGAAGCGCCCACCGUAUACUCCAAGCACUGACGUCAAGAAGCCUCGUCCAUCCACCCCAAAGACAACACCGGCAAUUGCGCACCCUCGACCUGUUCCUCCGUCUGCUGUGAGUCUUAUUCCGCAGGUGAUGGUCCCGUCCUGUUCUUCUGAGGUCCAGAAGCAGCUUCGGCAGGAGCCGGAACAGCAGCCGGAGCAGCAGCAGUCGAAGAAACCACAGCAGAAACGCCCUAGCCUCCAGGGAAUUGAGAAGGCUGCAGCAAAGACGACCAAACCUCCAGUAGAUUAUCAGGUCUUGCUGCUUUCAUUGGCCGAUGAGUAUCUGAACGCUGCGCAUAGCCAUGGAACAACGAUGGCUCUGGCAAUUCGCUAUGACGAUAUCGAUGAGUACUACAAGUUGGUUGCUACGGGGCUUGGAUGCUUGGAGGCUGUUCUCAAAAACUGGCGAUUGCAACCUCGCAAAGAGGCUCUUGUGCGACUUCGGUACGCGCGGACGUUAUUUGAAGAGACAGAGAAUGAUCUUGAAGCCGAGACGGCUUUGAGUAAGGGGAUUGACCUUUGUGAGCGAAAUCGAAUGCUAGACUUGAAAUAUAGCAUGCAGCAUCUUUUGGCGCGGAUGCUCUACAAGACCAAUCCGAAAGCAUCUCUGAAGGCCGUUGAUGGCAUGAUUCAAGACGUCGAAGCAUAUCGUCAUGCCGCUUGGGAAUACGCAUUCCGAUUCCUUCGAGUCUCCUUAUCCUUGUCGUCUUCGUCGCAUCAGGACUCUGUGCAGGCAUUACAACACCUUCACAGAAUCUCCACCAUGGCCAGUCGAAAUGGUGAUAAAGCCGUCUCGGCAAUGGCAGCAAUCAUGGAAGCCCUUGCACAUCUACAACAUGGGACAGGAUCCGAUGCUAUUGAGCAAGCGCAGCGUGCUGUAGCGGCUGCACGAAGUCAUCAGUUGAAUGAAGAGCUUCGCGACAUUCCACAGCUUGUUACGCUUAUCUACAUGGUUGACAUCUUCUGCAGCCUCUUGGAAUAUGACAUCAAUCAAGCUACCCAAAAACUGAGCGUGAUGCAGGCCAAGGUAGAUGAGACACUGAGCGACCCCAACUGGCGCCCUGACGGCUCAUUCUCGGUUCCACUCAACGGCAAGUCGGCCGGGCCGUCGUCCAUCGACACAGGCGACAUUCUCCAGGUCCAUAACGGUACACUCCUUCUGAGCUUCAACUGGCUUCCCCAACACGACCUUUAUGCCCUGUCCUACUUCUUGAGCUCGGUGACUUUGAGCUCCAGGAAUUCUCAUGAUGGUCGCAAGGCAGAGAAGUACCUGGAUGAAGGACUUCGAAUGAUUCAAGGAGAGUUCAAGGCCCCUCAAGAGAUCGCCGAGUCCAUGGUGAAUGCGACCCGACGAGUUGAAUGGCGACGAUCUCUUUAUUGCAGCUUUCUUCUGCAACGCGUAUUUCUGGCCUGCUCCCGAACCGACUGGGAUUUGGCUAGCCAGAGCUUGAAAGAGCUGCGAGAUGUCGCACAAGACAUCGAACAUCAGCUCCCCACAUCCAUUCAAUGCUUGAUGGAAUAUGCCGCUGGUACCAUUUCUCAGGCCUCUGGUGAUCUCUCAGCCGCCUUGGCAACUUUCCAAUCACCCUUGUUAUCGCUUUCCCCUUCUAUCAGCAAAACUGCUCGCAAUGACCCCUGCCGUGACACGUGCAUUCUGGCAGCCCUCAACACUGUGCUCAUCAUCCGUGACCCAGCUCACCCAUCUCAUUCUCAUCUCCCCAAUGUCUUGGCCACUCUGGAAUCUUUCUGCCAAGCAAGCCCGAGCAAGUACAUCCAAGCCGCGUACUAUCUGGUUUGCGCCACGGUGAAUGACUCCACAGUCCAAACCAAACAAUAUCUUCAGCAGGCCUUGCAGUCUGCAACUGCCAUUAGCAACAACCAGAUCACCUGCAUGACACUCACAUUCAUGAGCUGGAAAUAUUUCCGCGGUGUCGUCGGCGAGCAAGCCGAGAAGAGUGCCCGAGCUGGACGUGCAAUGGCUCGACGAGCCAACGACCGUCUCUGGGCGAGUGUAACCGACGAGAUGCUCGCGGAUACUCUCGAGCGACAAGGCAAGAGCGAUGAAGCCCGCGAUGUCCGCGCAGAGGGCCAGCGACUUGUCAUGGGCCUGCCUCCGGGCUUAAAACGGUCCUGA